AUGUUUAGUUUAUUAAGACAACCAUAUGAUACAAUUAUACGAUGUGAUUAUAUUAGAUUGAUACAUAAUGGUAGGAAAUUGGUAAAAAAACAGGGUUCAAAAAGAGUGGACAGAAAAAGAAAUAGUACGAGUGGCAGCUCAUCUAAUUUGAUAUUUGAAUCUGGUAAAUUUUCAAAAUUGUAUAAUAAACCGGUUAAACAAGAUUUCAUUCAAGAUAAAAUUGAUAAUUUUAACCAAUUGAAAAUAUUUCCGUCAGUUCGAGAUGCAAUGAUUAAAGAAAUUAAAUCACAAUAUAAUAAUACGGCAAAUAAACCAAUUGAAGAAAUCGAAAUUAAACCUAGUCCUGUUCAAAUAUCUUCAAUUAGGAAGAUUACACAAUCGCGGAAACUAAAACCUAUUGAUUCAGAUUCUAGUGAUUCAAAAAAAUCUAUCCUCGAUGACAUUAAAUUACAAAAUGAAUUAUCAAGAACUAAGGUGUUUACAAUUGCUGCUGAAACAGGUAGUGGUAAAACAUGGGCAUAUUUGUCUUCAUUAUUAACUAAAUUGAAAUUUGAUGAUUUGGAAUUGUAUUCUGCUAAUAGGUUGAAAUUUAAUAAUGAUAAGAAGGAUAAAUAUGUUAGAUCUAUAAUAUUAUUACCUACUCAUGAAUUAAUCGAUCAGGUAUAUAAUGUAUUACAAAGGGCAAAUGAGACUGAGUUGAAUAAUAUGGAUGGUAUUGCCGCUGGUUAUAAAUCAUUUAUUCAAAACGAAGAUGGAAAUAAGCUAAAUUUACAUAUUGCAAAAUUAGCACAUGGAGAUCCACCAAUUGAUCUCUUCACAAAGUUAGAUAAAUUAGGAAGAAUAGAUAUAUUGGUUACCACACCUGGUAAAAUCACUGGAUUUUCAAAAUUAUCCAAAAUUGAAUCUCCUUUCAAACCAUUUAAGAAGUUAAAAUAUUGUAUUUUAGAUGAAGCAGAUACUUUAUUUGACAAAUCAUUCAAGGAUGAGACAGUAUCAGUUAUUACCAACUUUCCAAACUUAUUAGAUCUUAUAUUGGUUUCAGCUACAAUUCCCAAAGAAUUCGAAAAAACCAUAAAAUCAUUGUUUCCAGAUUAUAAAUCAUUGAUACGUAUUGAAACUCCAAGUUUACAUAAAGUACCAAAAGGAAUCAAGAUCAUGACUUUAGAUGCUGACUUGCCACCAUAUAAUGGAUCAGUUAAUCGUUGUUUGGCACAAUGCAUAUAUGCAAUAUCAAAAGAUGGAACAGAACCAAAUUUAGUUAAGAGAAUAAUUAUAUUUGUGAAUGAAAAAGAAGAAACAGAGAUAUUGAAAUUGACACUUAUUGAGAAAUUCAAAAUCAGGGCUCAAGAUAUAGUUGCAAUUAAUGGAAGGGUUAAGAUAUCAGACAGGAAAGAAUUGAUUGAACCAUUUAUCAAACCUGCUAUGCCAAUAGAUGAGGAUCCAGAUGGUUCAAAAGUGAAAAUAUUGAUCACUUCAGAUUUAUUAGCUCGUGGUUUGAAUUUUAUUGGGAUAAAAAAUGUGAUAUUAAUGGGUAUUCCUAGGAACUCGGUUGAUCUUGUACAUAGAUUAGGUAGAACAGGAAGGAUGAAUCAAUCAGGAAGGGUAUUUAUAAUUGUAUCAAAGAAAAAAUCAAAGAAACAUUUUGUAAAGGGAUUAAAUACUGCGAUAUUGAGAGGUUUUAGAAUUGGUUAA